AUGGCUACCCAGGACCACAUCAAGCAAUUUGACCCCAUGAUCCCAGGGAAAUGGGACUCCUACGCCACCAAGCUUGAGUUUUUCCAUGCGGCCAAUAACGUGACCAACCCUGUACUGAAGCGGGCCAUGCUGUUCAGUGUGAGUGGGCCUGCCACGUUCAAGAUUCCCCAGGCUCUCGAGGCCCCAGCCAAGCUAAGCGAGAUGACGUUCAACACAAUAAUGCUGAAGUUGGGGACACACUUCGCUUCCCAGCCAUUGGAGAUUGCUUGCCAGCACGUGUCCUACAAACGAAACCAGGCCUCAGGCAAAUCCAUAGAGGCCUUCAUCACAACCUUGCGGCAGGACACCCACCACUGCAACUUCGGCGACCUGGAGAUAAUGCUCCACAACCGUCUGGUGUGCAGCCUAAGGCAUGAGAAGCUACAACAGCGCCUUUUUGCCAAGAAGAAUAUAGCCUUCCAGGUUGCCUUAGACGAGUCCCUCAUGGCAGAGUCAUCCAACAAGAUGAUGAGAGACAUUCGCCAAGUGCAAAGCCCACCCAUGGCAUGGAAGGCCAAGGCAGUGCACUCAGAGAAGACUGUAGACAGUGAGGAAGGUGAGGAGGUUCUGAGACUGUGCCUUGGCUUGUCCAAGUCUUUUGGCCAACAGAAAGGUGUAGGGGUGACUUGCACCAGUUGCCAGCAUGAAUGCCAGUCAUGCCGUUUCUGUGAUGUCCAGUGUUGGGAAUGUGGGAAAGCUGGGCAUAUUGCAUGCAUCUGCCAAAUGAAGGAGCUGUGGGACACUCCCUGGCAUCCAACUUUAGGGACUGGGGAUGGUCACCGCGGGACUCCAGGUGCAGUAGAAUGCCAUGCCAUAUCGGAGUGUACCUGCACACAGGGGGCAGCUGCCACAUCUAUCCAGAAUGCACAGCCAAUCUGCGAGAAGAUUCGAGUGGCCGUGAUCAUCCAGGGAAUCCCAUGUGAAAUGGAGGUUGACUCUGGGUCAGCGCUCUCUGUUAUUUCUGCUGAGACAUACCAUCACAUCUGCCAGAAGGGAGGAGCCCCCUGCUUGAAGCCCUUUGAGGUAAUCCUGACCGACUUCCAGGGGAAGCACGUGCCCAUUCAGGGAAUUGGCACGUUCACUGUCCAAUUUAAGCAUUUUAGCGGACCACUGCAGCUGGUGGUUGUUGAAGGCCACCACACCAGCCUACUUGGCCUCAACUGGUUCGACGCACUGGGCAUCCAUAUUACCGGGGUCCAGCACAUAAGCCAGUCCAGCUAUGAGGCCAUCUGUGAUGAGUUUGCAGCCGUGUUUGAUGUGUCAAUGGGGUGUUACAAGGGCCCACCGGUCGCACUGAGCCUCAACCCGGCUGUAGUACCGAUCCGCAUGAAGGCUCGGCAGGUGCCAUUUGCCCUGAAGCCCAAGAUCGAUGCAGAGUUGGAUCACCUCAUCAAAGAAGGGGUCCUUGAGCCAGUCCUGCAUGCUCGGUGGGAAACCCCAAUUGUCACUCACCUCAAGGCAAACGGGAAUGUGAGGAUCUGUGCUGACUACAAGUGCACCCUCAACAAAGCCUUGCAGCAGCAUGCGUAUCCUGUUCCAGUUGUGAGGCACCUUCUUGCAUCGCUGGCCAGUGGAAAAGUCUUUGCAAAGCUCGAUUUGACCCAGGCAUAUCAGCAACUCCCGGUUGAUGAGGCCACCUCUGAGGCACAGACUAUCGUGACCCACCACGGGGCUUUCCGUGUCAAGAGACUACAGUUCGGUGUCAGCGUGGCCCCAGGCCUCUUCCAAAGCCUCAUGGAAGAUGUCCUGAAUGGUCUUCCUGGAGUCAUUCCAUAUUUUGGUGAUGUCCUCAUCACGGGGGGGUCCGAGGCAGAGCUUGCAUGCCGUCUUCGAGAGGUCCUGCGUCGUUUUCAAGAUGCCGGCCUAAAGGUGAAGAAAGAAAAAUGCCAGCUGGGGGUGCCCAAGGUUGAGUUCCUUGGGUUCCUGAUCAACGCUGAUGGCAUCCACCCCACACCAGCAAAGGUAAAGGCCAUCCAUAGUGCUCCACCACCACGCUGUAAGCAGGAGCUGCAGUCCUUCCUGGGCCGCCAUGCUCAGGACACUGCUUUCAAUGCUGUCAAACACCUGCUCUCCUCUGACAGUGUCCUUACCCAUUUCAAUGAGACCAAGCCUGUUCUGCUUGCCUGUGAUGUUUCCCCAUAUGGAAUCGGUGCAGUCCUCAGCCACCAGUUGCCGGAUGGGCGGGAGGCCCCUAUUGAAUUCUACUCCAGGACCUUGUCAUCGACGGAACACAAUUAUGCCCAGAUCGACAAGGAGGCCCUGGCUGUCGUGGCAGGGGUGAAUAAGUUUCACAACUACAUCUAUGGCCGCCACUUCACAAUUGUGACUGACCACAAGCCUCUGCUGGGCCUUUUCGCUCCUGAUCGGCAGACUCCUCAGAUCCUGUCCCCAAGGAUGCUAAGGUGGUCUAUCUUUCUCAACGCAUAUGACUACGCACUUCACCACCGUCCUGGCAAGAGCUUGGGUCAUGCAGCUGCGAGAGGGUGGCCAGUGGAUCACCUUGAUGCCGAGUUCUCCCCAUUCAUCUCCCGGCAACACGAACUGUCAGUUCACAAGGGAUGCCUGCUGUGGGGGAACCGUGUUGUGAUUCCCACUAAGCUGCAGACUGGAGUGCUGGAGGAUCUGCAUGUGAGUCACCCAGGUAUCGUCCGCAUGAAAGCUCUGGCCAGGAGCUAUGUCUGGUGGCCAGGCAUCGAUGCAGCAGUAGAAGAAUGGAUCCGGUGCUGCCAGACCUGCCAAGAGUUCCAACCGGCCAUGCCCCAGGCCCUGAUCCAGCAGUGGGAGAUGAUGCGAAAACCAUGGUCAAGACUCCACAUUGAUUUUGCUGGCCCGUUCCAAGGUCAGACAUUCUUGAUCAUUGUGGACUCCUUCUCAAAGUGGCUUGAGGUGGUGCCAGUCUCAGCAAUGAACUCCAAGGUCGCCAUCUGGGCCCUGCAGUGGGUCUUCACCACACAUGGCCUGCCAGACAUCAUUGUUUCCGAUAAUGGAGCACAGUUCACAUCGGCUGAGUUCCAGAAGUUCAUGGCCGACAACCUAAUCCAACAUGACACAUCAGCACCAUUUCACCCAUCAACAAACGAACAGGCUGAGAGAAUGGUGAGGACCACCAAGGAAUCCCUCACUCGGAUUGUCCAGGGGGACUGGAACCAGCGCUUAGCAGAUUUCCUGCUGCAGCAGCACAUCACGCCCUGCCCUGCCACAGACCGAAGCCCGGCAGAGCUCCUCAUGAACCGUAAGCUGGCAUCGCUCCUGGAUCGGCUGCACCCCAACCUUACAUCUGAUUGGCUUCCAGGCCAGGAGCCUCCAGCGGCCCCCACAUCCUUCACCCCCAAUGACCCUGUCUACAUCCAGAACUAUGGAGAUGGCCCUGCCUGGAUCCCUGCUGCUAACAGGGCAACUUGGCCAGUCUCCUACAAGGUUGCCACGCCAGACAGUCAGGUCCACCGCCGGCACGUGAUCCAAUUGUGGCACCACCUGAUUGAUGCCCCAGCUCCAGCUGCCUCCACCACACUGAAGCACAGGGAUGAAGUGAAUGAUCAGCCUGCCUCACAGGCUGAUGCACCCAAGGAGGAUACUGUUCCCAGGAAGUAG